UUAGUCUCUCACUUUUGUUGAUCACUUUCCAAGUCUUAUUCUUUCUUCUUCCAUUCACCAUUCUGAGGGUAUCUUUGUUAUGUCUUAUUACUCAUUCCUUUGUACCGACACUCUUUUUCACCCUCUUUAAUUUGUUUCAAAUAGAAGAAGAAGAAGAAAAAAAAAGAAGAAAAAGGAUUAUUAGUACUAGUGUUUGUUUUUGAUGAAGGAAGGUGGUGGUAGGAAACAGGGUGCAGCCUCACCCUGUGCUGCAUGCAAGCUUCUCAGGAGAAGGUGUGCUCAAGAUUGUGUUUUUGCUCCAUAUUUCCCAUCGGAUGAACCCCAAAAGUUUGCAAAUGUGCACAAAGUGUUUGGUGCUAGCAAUGUCAACAAGAUGCUUCAGGACCUACCAAUGCAUCAACGAGGGGAUGCAGUGAGCAGCAUGGUGUAUGAAGCGAAUGCGAGAGUCCGAGACCCUGUUUAUGGGUGCGUUGGGGCCAUCUCUUCGCUCCAGCAACAGAUUGAUGUGCUACAGACCCAAUUGGCCCUGGCCCAGGCUGAGGUGGCCCACCUUCGGCUCAGACAAAACAGAUGUUUUUCCAAUCAUGGGCUUAGGCCCACAAGCCCAACCGACAAGUCUAUUUUUGACAUGGACAUGGCGGUGGACCAGGCCAGCUACGGUGGUUCAAUGUGGUCAUGACUUCACUUAUGCUAAUGUACUAAAACUAUAGUCUAGUUAAUUAAUAUCUUAUAUCUAUUUACUAUUUAGUGAAGCAUAUAUAUAUAUAUAUAGGAAGAGAUAAAAAAAGAAAAACACAAAAAACAAUAUUGGCCUUCUACACUUUCAUUUGGUCAGUUUUGGAGUGGUGGUGGCGCCGGUGGCCGGCGUGGUGGUGAGGAGCUGUGGUGGAGGCCGUUCGCCCGCUUAAUUAAUUUUGAUUUUUGGAACAGGGUUUCUCAUUAAGGUAAGGUGUAAAUAUUAUUAUUACUUUGUAUUAAGGACAAGUCGAUGACGUGAUUGUAUUUGGAGUCUUUAUGGAAGCUGUGAAAUGGAGGUAUGCAAAAUUCUGUUGUUGUUUAAGGGGUUUUAUAUAUGACUUGGCACUUUGCGACAUGGAGGAGGCACUAAGUGGAUUUUACAUGCGUUUUGAUAGCCAAUGCUGCUUCUUUAUAAUGUUGGAGCAUUCAGUAGUACAGUACAUAACCUUUAAAAUAUUAUUAUGGCUAUGUUUUCUCUUUA